AAUGCAGUGAAAACGUACUUUCAGAAACAUUUGCGGGAGAGUUGGAGGAAACAGAGAAGCUCACUGGCAAGGAUGGGACUGGCUCUUUAAAUGAACAACAACCAUUCUGCCACUGGCUGCCGAUUCCCUUAUGGCCAAAAGACUGCUCAUCACAUAUGCAUUAUGGGUAAUAGGCGGUCCCCUGGGCCUUCACCACUUCUAUUUGGGGAGGGACAGCCACGCUCUGCUGUGGUUGCUCACCGUGGGAGGCUUCGGAGUGGGAUGGAUGAGGGAGGUUUUCCGCCUUCCUGCUUACGUCAGUGAAGUAAACCGAGAGGCGGUCAGAGAUGGUGUGAGACACCGUAACUCCCGACCUCCCCCAUUAAGUCCCGUCCGAUUCGCUGGCCAGGUCUGCGUGGGGAUCUACUUUGGCACAGUGGCCCUGAUCGCCCUGAACUCCCUCCACUUCUUCUACCUUCUGGUAUUGCCACUUUCCGUGGGUGCUGGGGUGCACCUGGUGUCCUGCGUCGGCAGAGAGACGUCGGACCUGCAGAAGACCCUCACCACCUGUGUCAUGACAUCCCCCCUCUUUUACGGGAGCAAGCUCUCGCCCCUGCCUAUCAGCCUGGCUGCCAGCAUCACUGCUAUCAGGCAUCGCAGGUUCAAAGACCCCCUAGCAGCAAACGACCCGCCUGAGUCACUCGGUCCGCGUCUGUACCGCUUGGGUCUCGCCUGGCUGGCUUUCUCAGCACCUCUGGGAUAUUGCGUCUUUCACAACAUGACUGCCACCCUCGGCUACCUGGUGGACUGUGUGUCAGUCAUUCUGGAUGCCCUGUGGUUCUUCCCCUGGCUCCAGGGGGUGCUGGAAUAUUUCCUGUUGCUUCCGUACAAGGUGCUGCGUGCUCUGACGGGAGCCGGGCUCCCAGAGGAAAGCUGGAGGAAGGUGCUGGAGGUCCUGCUUAGAGAGUACAGCAAGAGAGAGAAAGAGGCAAUGCAGGUUUUGUUGGUGCGUGAAGGAGCCUCCAUGGAGGAGAUCACACGCAGUUACAGGGAGUUGGUGAAGGUGUGGCACCCAGAUCACAACCCCAGGCAGAUGACCGAGGCCCAGCAGAUGUUCAUUAGGAUCCAGGAGGCUUAUGAGACACUAAUGCAACGACACAAGAAAACCCAGAAAGAAUAGAGUUUUGGGUACCACUUUACAACAAGGCUCCCUUUUGCCACUUGUAAAUGGUAGCAACUUAUUAAUAAAAAUAAAACUGUGUUAUAACUUGUCUAAAAUUGUCUAUUAAUAAUUUACAAAGUGUUACAACCUAAUUAAUAACCAGAUUAUUACUUCAUAAACUCUUUAUAUGGGUGGCCUUAUUGUAAAGUGGCACCGAGUUUUACAGUGUUAAUGCAAUGUAGGGACCCACUAAUCCUGGCAGGCUGAUGCAAAAAGGUGCACAGAUGUAAAAUGAACAACACGUUUACUUUUUCAGAAAUUGCAUAUUUCUCUUUGUGAUGCUAGGGCUGGUUAUUGAAAUAAAAUUGUUUAAGCAGUUA